CUGCCCUUUUAUAUCUCUCUCACAGUCUCUUUCUGAUUUCUAUGCGCCAAAAAUAAAAAAAUAAAAAAAUAAAAAGUAAAAAUAAAAAAUAUAAUAAAUAAAUAUCUUUUUAGUUUGGGUGGAAGUUGGGGAAAUUGAGUUUGGGUGUGUCGUGGUGCAUGUCAGGGUAAUCUCUAGCAGUAGAAGAAGUUCCAAGUUUCAGUGAGAGAAGGAAAAUGGCUAAACCCAAGGCUCCCAAACGAGCUCUCGACUCCUAUACUGUCAAGCCCAUCAACAAAACCAUCCGAGCUGGGGAUUGCGUUCUUAUGAGGCCCUCUGAACCCUCGAAGCCCUCGUACGUAGCGAGGAUCGAGAGGAUCGAGGCCGAUAGCCGUGGGACCAACGUCAAGGUCCAAGUUCGAUGGUACUAUCGUCCCGAGGAGUCAAUCGGAGGUCGCCGUCAGUUCCAUGGAUCCAAGGAGGUUUUUCUUUCCGAUCACUAUGAUGUUCAGAGCGCCGAUACCAUCGAGGGAAAGUGUACGGUUCACAGCUUCAAGAGCUAUACGAAACUCGAUGCCGUCGGAAACGACGAUUUCUUCUGCCGUUUCGAGUAUAAUUCGGCUACUGGAGCAUUCAAUCCCGAUCGAGUUGCCGUGUAUUGCAAGUGUGAGAUGCCUUACAAUCCUGAUGAUCUAAUGGUUCAGUGUGAAGGCUGCAGUGAUUGGUAAUAUAUGGAUUGCACAUGUACAGUAUUUAUGGAGAAGGAUGAUUAUAUGGAAAGUGGAAAGAUCCAUCUAUUAGGGUUGGUAGAUAAAGAAAUCACUUUGAAAAAUGAUCUGUCUUGUAUAUCCUUCAGAAAAUUGUUACAUGACUUUAAAUGUUUUUUGUAGGCUGUUUAAAGUUGCAAUAUUUAACAGUACCCUUGGAGAAGAUUGAACUUGAAUUAUACUAGCACUUUGUAUUUGUUCAUACAACUUAAGUAAUAAUAUAUGUCAAUAUCUGGGAUAGGUUGAGGACUAUACAAACAACUGUAUAUCUGAAUCAUUAGCAAAACUGGGUCGUUUGUUUUACAAUGUCCAAGUGAUUUAAUGAUGAAUUUUUAAUUUGAGGUUUUUGUCUAAUAAGUUGAAUCAUUUGUCAAUUGAAGUACUUGGAGUUGCAAUCUACAUGGGAAUUCUUAUUAAGAGUGUAUUACCUGUCCCAUCAAAGCUCAGUCUUAUGUUCCCAUUGGUCUGCAAAACAUCCAUAUCUUGGGGAUGCAUGAUCUUUUAAAACUUAAGAGGGGCUCCUCUACAUUUGAAGUAGAGAGAUUACCAAUUUAUGACUUUAGAUUAUGAAACCUAUAUGAAUUGUCAUGAGGAUGAUAUUUUAACUUGUUUUUUUCAUUACUUAAAGUUUUUGAUUUAGUACGUCAAAUCUUUGGUAGGAUUGAUGGAGAAUACUCAAAAUCAUGAGCUUUGCUCUAACAAAAAAGCACCCAUGAUGAAACUUUUCGCAUGUGAACCACCUUCACCUGUAGUUUAUUAUCUCUUUUAAACAUUUAUUUAGAUUAAAAAAUAUCUGGCUGUAUGUAUGGUAAGUCAUUGAAUGUAACGUUGUGAAGAAGUUUGGUUAUUUCUAAUAAAAUUGAAAAGCUUGGGAAGUAGUAGAAACUUAUAGGCUGAUCCUUGCAUGUGUGCAAAUUUAUAACAGCAUUCACAUGUGGGUAUGUGGUAUCAUAGUUUGUGUUAUUUUGUUAGCACAGCUUGAGCAGACAUUAGCUGCAGAGUUUUACUUAGGGGAGUGUCCAAGAUUAGAUUCACUUUUUGAUGGAUGAGAUUAAUUGAGGAUCAGAGAGUCAUCAAUGCUUUAAAUGCACAUAUGCCUAAUAUCAAAGUGGCUGCACAUUAACUGUCUCCUCGGAGACAGAACAGUGGCAUCACCACCUCAACCCCCAAAUGGAAGAGCAAGGGUGGUUCAAGUAACACAAA